UAAAAAUCAUCACAACCAUGGAACCCCAGCCGAACGCAGCAGAACAGCCUUCGAAGAUAUUUAUUAAUCCAAAGUUUGCAAAAGCGCACAUUAAUCCUAUGUUCCUGUCGUCCAGCGGAAUGCUAAGAAGGCCAGAGAUAAAGCAAGACGAAACAACCCACCACAGCACCAUACACCUGAAUCCUGCCUUUCUGGACAAGCUAAGAAUUCAACAGGUAUCACCACCAAUAAUAACAACAACAGUACCCAAUACCAUUUCGCAAUCCCGCGUCACAACUUCCUUACCCGUGGUAGCGAGAACUACUUCCGCAUCCCCUAGUAAAAUCACAUUUAGUGAGACAGUAAAUCCGAUUAUAAAAAACACAAGAAGAAAGUUAGUCCGUGCCACUACAUCCACGAAUGAUGCUAAGGUUGCUGUGGUUGCAAAAUCGAUAGGACGAGAAGUAGCACCAAUAGCAGCAGCAGCAGCAGCAGCUAGCACCAACCAUCAGCUUGCUCCUUUGGUGCGGAUCGGGAAGAACAAGCUUGUCCGUAGCAGUGUGCCUAACGUGAUGGGAUUGGAAAAUGUUAAGCCCCGCAUGCUCGCAAGUACACUGCCAGAAAGGAAAAGCCUCCGAAUCGAUCGAAGGGUCGCACCAACGUUAAGAAGGUUCUCGAUACAAAAGUUGAAUUUUGUCAAGCGUUAUGCCCUGUCGAGGAUAAAUGGAAUUACGCCCAAGAAGGUCAUCAUCACCGAUCCAAAGCUGUUGAAACUUAAACGUAACCCGAUGUUGAAAAGUCCCGAAAAACCCAGACCUGGGAAGAGUUCCAUUGCUUAUGCUUCGAAAAACAAGCAGCUCGUGCUGGUCAACAUCAAUGGGGUGUUAUAUCGUUCUUCGACGAAUAAGUUACAAAAAUCCGUUACACCAUCUCCGUCAUCAAUAGGCCAUACAACCCCACCCAAACCUGCCCGUAAAACCAAAGAACACUUUUUGAUCAUAAGAGGAAUGCGCUUUGCAUUGGAUCGUAACGGUAUGAAGCUACGGUCCGUAGGGAAUGCUACGGUGGAAGCAGCGGCCACUUCGAAACCCUUCGCACCGGAACCACGAUUAAACCGAAUCGACAUCGGUGGACUAACGUACAAAGCGCGCAAGGAUGGUAUCUUUAUCCGGACGGACAAUCACCGUACACGAAACCAUCUCAGCAUGGCCAAACAGCGCAGCAUACAGGUGCUAGCGAGCAAGCUAAGGAAAUGUAACGAACCGUGCCAUAUUUACCGUCGAUUGGGGAAGUGUUUGGCGCAUCAGCGUGGCAAAUGCCCUAAGGUGCACGAUCCGAAGCACGUCAGCAUCUGCCAGAAGUUUCUGCGUGGUGAGUGCAUUCUCGACGGAUGCUCACUGUCGCACGACGUGUCUCUCGAAAAGAUGCCCGUUUGCACAUUUUUCCUCGAGGGACGCUGCAUGCGUGACGUUUGUCCCUAUCUGCACAAGAAAGUGAGCGAAAAGGAGCGCAUUUGUGAUGCAUUUUUGAACGGAUUUUGUGCACUAGCGGACAAGUGUCCCAAUCGACACGUAUUUCAAUGUCCCGAGUUCGAGCAGAAGGGUAAAUGUGACCGUACUAGAUGUCCGUAUCCGCACGGGAAGAAGGAGGUCAAGGGUAAAAAAGCUGACAUCCCAUCAACGACGACUGCAUCGCCGGAAGUGGAAGAACCAAAGCCUAAACCACGACAGACACCGACCGUGACAGCGUCUGUACGAUACUACCAGGACGAAGGACAAUCAUCACGGAUGACAAACGACGAUAAAACGGGUGAGUUUAGUGCUAGUGAGCGUAACCAGUUGAAACGUAUGCUUGGUGAAGUGGAAAAAAUGAAACAAAGAUACAAAGAGGACAUCAGUACCCAGUCGGCAGAACGCACGGUGGACGUAAGUGACCAAAUUGUAAGUAUACAACCGACAGCUGCUAAUAGUGUUGGUUCCGAAGCGUGUGACAGCCUAUCGGAACCAACGCUGGACGAUGUGAAGCAAGAUGAAGCUGAGGCCGAAGAGGAUGCCAGACCUCCGGUAUUUCGCCGUAAAGCGCUCGGUACGCUGCCUGCUUUUAUUCCUAUCUGAGCCUUGUGUUUGGCUAAACCAUUGAU